UCUUCGGGCCGCAUUUGGUUGUUGGUCUUUUAUCAAAAUAUCAACAGUGGAACAGAUUAUGAUGGAACCAUUAUGUGUUUAGAAUCCGACCUGAAAACAUCGUGAUAUCGGUUUUAUUCUCGCCGGGGUAACGCAACUGAUAAGAACUCAUCCGGGUGUUGGUAGCUCUAUUUUUGGUCACAAUCGAAAACGUGCUUAGGAAGAAAACGACCGCCGUACGAUAUUUUCGGAUAAGCUUGUAACCGAUAGAAUAAUAACACAUGUGUGAUCAGCCAGUUUGUAAGGUGUCCAAUCGGAAUUGUUACAACAUUUCGCGCGACAUUGAAUGCAUCGAAACUGCAAAGCUGAUAAGUGAAAUGUAAUUUUGCACAAUUUUGUUUCUAAUUGAUAAGGUGUUGUUGCCAUAGAUAACUUGAGAAUUGACUGUGUCACACAAAUUUGUAUUCGCAAAAUAUCUGAUGAAAAGCUGUACACAACGGAGUGAUAUAACCGAGCGAAGUGGGACAACCCAGACGCGCAUUACCGGCGUGUUAUCAGUGUUCACAGAAGAAGAAUAGAAAAGUUCGGGGACAGUAUCGAGUGUAACCUCAUUCGUGUAUUAUACAUUCGGAAGCAAAUUAUACUUUCAACCCGCCGUAAUGGACAUGACAAUAUCAUCCAAACUCCACAACAAUAGUGUGGUUAGCACUAGUGGCAACAAUUGCAAUUCCAGCACGGGCGUAAUCGGUGUAGGGCCCAGUGAGCACAUCAAACGACCGAUGAAUGCAUUCAUGGUGUGGUCCCGGGGGCAACGACGGAAAAUGGCACAAGACAACCCGAAGAUGCACAACUCAGAGAUAUCCAAAAACUUGGGAGCCCAGUGGAAACUGCUAACCGAGGGCGAAAAACGGCCGUUCAUCGAUGAGGCCAAAAGAUUGAGAGCUCUGCACAUGAAGGAACACCCAGACUACAAAUACCGACCGAGAAGGAAGCCCAAAACAUUGGUCAAAUCGCCGGCCCCCGCCAGCUCUGCCAGCUCGUCGUCACAGUCGUCCGGCAAGGAACCUCUUCGGUCGCACUCCCCGCAAAGCAAGUCCCCCUACAACUCAUCGCCGUUGACCACUCCCAUCGGUAUCCCACCGGGAAUUUUCCCCUCGUACCACUUUGCAUACGACCUGCACCAGAAGGCAUUUUGGAACCUGUACGCGCCUCACCUGCUGUCCUCGAUGGUGCCAUCGUACAGUGUUCCUCCGCACUCACCCCAUCCACUAGCCUACAUCAAACCUUCGAAGUCAUCACCUCCGUCACCGAUCGCUCCUCCCUCACCGAUACCGUCGAGUAAUAUCAUCUGACCAACACCGUUGCGUUACAGUGCUGAACAUAGUGUCUAAUUCGCUGACCUGGAUCAUUGCAAUGAUCUCCUGCUUUUCAUGCAGUCACACAUACAUACGAACAAACGUAUUAAACACUCUCUUAACAAGUUUUCUUUCAUUUACAAGGAAAAUAUGUGCUAAUAUAAAAUUGAGUACCGUAAAACUCAUAUCAGUAAACAUUGUACCAGUUAAUCAUUGUUUGCAAACGAUAUGGAUAUAAUGACGGCAUGUAAUUUGUGAUAAGCAAAAACAAAAUAUCGGAACUGCGAGCAGGGCAGUUAGUAUUGCAUUGGAUCAUAUCAAUCUAGUGUAAGCGAAACAACAAUUCCAAUUCAAGUCCCAGUUCUAACAGGUAUCUACUAGUAAGAAAGAAGCAUUUAACGCUAGGAUAAGAAAAUAAGCAACGUGAAGCUCAAGUCAGUUCACUGAUUUUGCAAUAAUUUAUUUCCGUGAACUUCGCUAGUUAGUACUGUCUAGCAAUAUGACAAAAGAUCAAAAUUGUUAUUAAGGUAAAAAAUUAGUUGAAUGAUUUUUUUCUCAAAUGUAGGCAUUCGGAGGAAUUUUAGCACUUUCAGAGCUUAGUUCUAAUUUCUUUUUAUUUUUAAGAGUGCAAUAUUUGACAGUUUAACACACACUGUACCGAUAAAAUAAGUUACUUACUUUAAGUCAAAACAAUGGCAAAUCGAUGGUGUACAUAGUUGACAUAUUAAAAUAAAAGUCCUGACCUAAAGUUUCUAGAAACAGAGUCCGUUAUAGAAUUUUAUAGUUAUUUGAGGCAAAACCCUCGUGAAUUUGCUAUGGUGUUAAAACACCGCAACUCAUGAACACUAUACACACAUACGUACAGAACAUUAUCUACACGCUGCAUAUAUGUAAUUCUGAGCUCUCGAUGGGUCGAUUUCUCAUUGCAUUUUACUUUAAUAAUAAAACGUACAUCUGAAA